GUGCGAUCAGGUUCAGCAGAUCCAGAGUGAGUGUGGAAGAAGAAGUAACCACAGAGAGAAGCGGCAGAUGUUUGCUGGGUCGCGUUCAGAUCUCUGAUCCACAUCUAUACGGAGGCGCGCGUGCAAAAGUGACCAGCAGGUUUCUGGUGUUCAGUCAUGGAACAUGAUGAUCAUCUCUUCAUUGUCCUUCUGGGAAAGUCUGGAGUGGGUAAAAGUUCUUCAGGAAACACCAUCUUAGGACAAGCAGCCUUUGAGUCCAAAGCCGGCUUCGGACCAGGGACUAAGCUCAUCUCUGUGGAAACAGGAACUGUGUUUGGGACGCAGAUUCUAGUGAUGGACACUCCAGACAUAUUAGAAUCAGAGCAGAAGGUUCAGGCCUUCUGUCAGUGUGUCCUGCAGGACUCCAGCCCUGUUCUGUUCCUGCUGGUGAUCAGAGCCGGUGGUCGGUUCACUGAGGAGGACCACAGGGCCGUGGAUGCAGCAAGCAGAGUGAUCGGGCUUCACAGGCUGGAGAAAUGUUACCUGCUCUUCACAGGUGGAGAUGAACUGAAGACGUCAGUGGACGAUUAUAUUUCAAAGGAUAAAAAAAGUUCACUUCCAGGUGUUGUCGAAAAGUUUUCAUGGAGAAUUCACCUGUUCAACAACAAAGAUGGAGGACAUGAACAAGUCAGAGAGCUGCUGAUGAAGACGGGAGCCUUCUCAGCAGAUGUGAAGUCUCCUCUACCCAUCACACAUUACAGAGAGAGGCUUCAGUCAAACCUUCAGGUCAGGUUUAAGUACAAGCAAGAAGGAUGGACAUCAAAGAAAGAUGAGAAGUACCUGACAUUUACACUAAACUCUACAUCACAGCUGGAGGAGAAGACAGCACCACUAAUCAGUUCAGGCAUAUUGAAAUGGCCUCUGGAAGGCCUGCAGAAACUGAAAUCAGAAACAUCUUCACACACCCUUCUGGCAUUAAAAAGAGUAUAAGAACUGUGCUGACUGCUGGGCAGGCAGGAAUCGGUAAAACCUUCCUGGUGCACAAGUUUGUGCUAGAUUGGGUUGAAAAAAGAACCAAUCAGGAUGUAGAUCUGGUGCUUCCCUUCAUGUUUAGUGAGCUGAAUUUGCAAAGUGAUGAAAAGUACAGCUUUCCCAAACUCAUCCACAGAUGUAUUCCUGAAAGUGUGCACAUAAAAGAGGAGGAGCUAAAUAACAUCCUCACAAAACUGCAGACAUCAGGAAACUCAAACUUUGAAAAGAGUGAAUAUAAACUUAUGUUUGUGUUGGACGGACUGGAUGAGAGUUGCCUUCAGCUGGACUUUACUGUCAGAGAAAAAGUACCUGUUGAUGUCACAGAGUCCACCUCAGUGGAUGUGCUGCUGACAAACCUCAUCAGGGGGAAACUGCUUCCCUCUGCUCGUAUCUGGAUAACCACACGACCUGCAGCAGCCAAUCAGAUCCCUCCUGAUUUUAUA